UUUUGACCCCAAACUUCCUAUCUCUUCCAUGCGCCCAAGCCUCACUUUCUGCUUAGAUACCCUUUUGUGCCCACUCCAUUUUUUGUCACCUGUUCCCUCAGUCCUAGAACAAAAUGGUUCGGAAGGAUCCUAUCUUUGAAGCCCGCACCAAUGUCAAGCUACACUCUAAUCGACUGAAAAAGGAGGCCGCCCGUGCGGAAGCGACCUUCAAAUCUGAGAAGGCUAAGGCUGACAAGGCCAUGAAAAACCGCGAAUUUCAGAUCGCCCGCAUCCAUGCCGCUUCUGCCGUACGAGAAAAACGCAGACAGGUCACCCUCAAGGCGGAGGCUGCCAGAGCAGAUGUCAUUAUCAACGAGCUCAAGGCUGCGCAGAGCACUCGGGACACGUCUCGGACGCUUGCAUUGGCAUCACGGGGCCUGGAUGCUGCCUCCAAGAGUGUAAAUCUUGAGAGCUUGGUUUCCCAUGCGAACAAUUUCCUGGCGCGCUCCGAAGAUUUCAAGAUUGCUAGCAGUGCGAUCGAGGAUGUUGCGCAAGGGAUCUCUAUGCAGGAGAAUGGCGCAGAGGGUGAAGCCGAUGUGGAUCGCCUGAUGGAGCAACUUGCUGAUGACGCUGGGGUGGAUCUCCGGAUGGCUUUGGAGCAGGAUGCUGCUGCUGCUCCUAAGGAGGAGGUUAAGGCUCCGAAACAAGUUGACACUGAAGUUGAGGAUGGCUUGGAUGCUAGGCUACGAGCUCUCAGGGCGACCAACUGAAUUUCAACUACUUCGUUUCUAUCGUCCUCUACUGUCACGUUAACUUUGGCCUUGUACUUGUUGAUAUGCUUUCGGAUUCGGCGAAUUAUUGGGGUAACUAACAGCGCGUUGGGUAUUUUUAGGGUUGAGGUUCAGUUACUCUUGAGAGUAUAUUGUUCUGUGGGCGCUCAUGACUAUAUGGUCCAUCAUCAUGCUAUGCUUUACAUGCUUUGUGGGUUCUUGCAAUCUCUUUUGUUACAUACCCGUGAAAAUCGCACUUGCUGCAUACGUUCAUUGUUUUGCCAUGCAUUUGAAGGAUUUCUAAAUGGUCGGUCUUAUAAGAGAGACGCACAUUUCCUCUGCACAGAUACUGUUCGAGUGGUAUAGAUACCUUUCCUCAUAUUGUCAUUUUCGG